GGGAAGUACGAAAUUGAAGGGGCCCGUCAUCCCCUCUUACCCCCGCGGCAGACAUCGUCAUCAUGGGUAGCGAGUCCUGGAAGAGAGAUUGGAGCAGUGACAGUGCACUGGUCAGGGAUAGACAUUGGAACUCAGCUUCCCGUGUCUGCUAUGAUGCCUCAACCACACGUCUUCAGCAGAACGCAGGGCGGUCUACUUCCAGAAGAAUUUGGCUGCAAUGACGGGUGUACAGUCCAUCCUGACCUGUACC